AUGGUUGGGCGAAAGUUUGGAUUUUCAGGUGCAUUAUGGGAUGUUUAUUGUCCUUUGAAGCAUGUUGUAGGGCCACUGGUAAUUUUUAGGUGGUGGAAAAUCUCACUUAGGAAUGAAUUUCGUGAAUCAAGACCUGGAGAAAUUAAAGAAUCCCAGGAGGACUUUUUGGAUGAUUCAUCUCUUCAUAUUCAGAUUGCUAUGGUGUUUGGUGCCAAAGUUCUAGAACAUGUCCUCAAUCUGUGCCGAGGUAACUAUGACUUCCUGGAAUGGCUUCCUGUCCCAUUGCUGCUGUACAUCAUUUCCUUUCUGGAGCUUGAAGAUAUUGCCAGGCUUUCUCAAGUGUCACGCAGAUUUGAAAUGAUAUGUAACAGUAAUGCACUAUGGGAAAACAUUGUGGAGAACUUGUGUGACACAAUUACACCUGAAAUGAAAGAACUUGCACAGGAAAUGGGCUGGAAACAAUUCUUCUUCACAAACAGACUUCAGCUACAGCUGCAGCUCCGAAGGAGGCGGCAGAAACAAGAUGCUCAGAACGAAAAACCAACAGAAUAA